ACGAGUACCACUCAGAAUUAAUCUCGACUGUGCUGAGUGUCGGAAAAGUUUUGGAAAAUGAGGCUACUGACGGCGUUAGUAGUCAUCGUGGCGGUCAGCCUCGGUCUGGUAGCGGCCGACUACACUACCGUAAAGAUCGCCGACAAGGAUUUCCUUCUCAAACAAAAGAAGAUCUACAAUCUUCUGUACCACAUCCCGCAAUUGUCCCUUGUGGAUCCUUCCUUGUACGACGAAGGCCACUCGUACAAUAUCGAGAGCAACAUCGAUUCUUACACUAACACGACUGCGGUGAAGGACUUCCUCUAUCUGUACGAGUAUGGCAUGCUUCCUCACGGUGAGAUAAACUCUCUCUAUUAUCCGAAACUGCUGAAGGAAACGGAAGCGUUGUUCCACUUGUUCUACUAUGCCAAGGACUUCGACACCUUCUUUAAAACGGCGUUAUGGGCGCGCAUUUAUUUAAAUGAGAUGCAGUUCGUCACCGCCUUGUACAAUGCCGUUAUACGCCGCGAGGACACUAAAUUUAUCCAACUGCCACCUCUCUACGAAUUAUAUCCAUACGGAUUCUUUAACUCCGAAGUACUCGAGAAGGCGCACCACGCAUCACUUUUCGGUAAACUCGACUCGAAGAAGUUCGGUGGCUACGACACCUAUAUCAUCCCGGCGAAUUAUUCCGGAUGGUACAUAUCGCGCGACUACGACUUGGAGCACAAGAUCAAUUACUUCACUGAGGAUAUCGGGCUGAACGCCUACUACUUUUUCUUCCGGCUUGAAUAUCCGUUCUGGAUGAAUAGCGACGAAUUCGGAUUGCAGAAGUACCGCGGUGAGGAAUAUCUCUACGGUCACAAACAGCUGCUGGCUCGUUACUAUCUGGAGCGACUGUCUAACGAUAUCGGUAAAAUCGAGGAUUUCGAUUGGCACAGGGAAUUCUACAAGGGAUAUUAUCCGACGAUGACCUAUCAAAACGGGCUGCCGUUCCCACAGAGACCAAGCUGGAGCAAAUUCCCCUAUUACAAGUACAAAUACAUAAAGGAAAUAGAAGAUAUGGAAUCUCGAAUUUCGGCGGCUAUUGAUUUCGGAUUUGUCAAGGAUGCUACUGGAAAGACAAUCGACAUCUACACGCCCGAAGGUCUCAACAUCCUCGGCAACAUGAUCGAAGGCAACGCGGACUCGUGUAAUCCCGACUUUUUCGGUAGCAUCGACUACUUCGCGAGGAAGAUUCUCGGGUACAAUUUGGACCCGUCGUCGUCGUAUCAGAUUUUACCCAGUGCUCUCGAAUUAUACAGCACGUCCAUGAGAGAUCCCGCGUUCUAUCGUCUCUAUCAGAGAAUAAUCGACUUCUACUACUUUAGAUACAAAAAGCAUGAGAAGCCGUACAACAAAAACGAUAUUAUCUUCCCCGAACUGAAAAUCGAGUCCUUCGUCGUGGACAAAUUGAUCACCUAUUUCGAUCAAUUCGACACGACAGUCAGCAACGGUUUGAUAGUCGAAAGCGCGAAGGAGGCCGAGAGUACGCUGAUCAAGAUCCGUCAGUAUCGUCUCAAUCACAAACCGUUCAGCUUCCACUUCGCCAUCAACGCCGAGAAACCCGUAAAAGCCGCGAUACGCAUCUUCCUCGGACCGAAAUAUGACAUCCAUCACAAACCGCUGGACUUCUCCGAAAGCGCGAAGUACUUCUACGAAAUGGACAACUGGAUAGUCGACUUGAACGCCGGUCCAAACAAGAUUAUCCGAAACAGCCAAGAUUGCUUCUUCUGUAUACCCGAUCCGGAACCGAGCGAAUUAUUCUACAAGAAGGUGCUCAAGGCCUUGGACGGUUCGGAGUCCCUCUCGUACACGGAACGACUCUACGGAUUCCCCGAGCGUCUGCUCUUGCCCAAGGGCAAGAAGGAGGGUAUGCCCUUCCAGUUCUUCGUGUACGUCAAUCCGGUCAAAGAAGAACAAGCUAUGCCCUACACAUCCCGUAUCUUCGGCGAGUACCAGUUCGACGACAAACCGAUCGGAUUCCCCUUGGACAAACCCACCUUCAACUUCCGCUACGAGGGACCGAACAUGUUAUUGAAAGACGUUGUAAUUUACCACAAGGAUGAAAUGGAGCUAAAUAUCACUUAUUGAUCGCUUACUUGAAUCUCUGAAAAAUAUUUGAUUCUAUGUAUCCACAACUAAACAUGUUUUAAAAAAUGUAUAUAUAAAUGUUUUAUAUUGCAUAAUUUACACUAAAAGAUUUCAGA